GGUUCUUCUGCCCACACGGAGCAUCAAACAGAAGAAGACGAAGAAGAGGAGCCAUUGGCUCUGAGGAGUUGAUGACGGAAGGAGCGCACUGUGUUCUCCAGGAGCGCAGUAGUCUACUCAGUCACACACAGACAUACACAGCACCUCGGUCCAGUGGGAUGAGAUUAGUGUGUCGGAUUGGGAUGAAUCUUUAAGUGGUGAACUUCUUCUUUUUCGCUUAUUGUUAUUUUUUUGUUUAUUUUGGAGGUGGAGACCUGUUAGGACGAGCGCGUUGACUCCCCAGGAGCGCGCAGAGUGGCUCACGCUGGAACAAAAACAGCUCAGUGCAGCGAGUGCAGCGCAGGCAGGUUUCCGUUUUAAAAGCAGCAGGAGAGGCAGGAGAGCAGAGUUACGGAGCCCACGGGAAAGCGGCGUCGGCGCAUGAGAAAGACGGACAGCUCUUUUGAGAACCACCGGGAUACUGAGAAGAAAAAUCUGCGACGGAACUUGGAUAUGGCGGGUGCGAAGACGAUCGACCUUCUCGUUGGAGUUGUUUUAGUUUUGCAGUGUGUGGGGAAUAUCCAAGCCGAGAUCGCAGCCAGUAACGGGCUCUCCUACUCAUACUUGGAAGGGCAGGCAGGAGACGAAGAUGCAGCAGUGGACGUGAAGCUGUACAGUCACCGGUGGAGGAGAUGGGUUCCCCCAAAACCUCGUAACAUGGACAGUAACAGGGCCAGUCAGGAGCAGGAACAGGAGCCUGAGCAGGGAGACCCUGAAGGGUUCCCAGGACUGCUGUCAGCAGAGGAAAGAGACAACAGCUCCCAGAUUGAGGAGGAUACAGAUCACAACUACUACACAUCAAAAACAUAUGGGCCGUCAGAUCCAAUGAGCAAGGACUUGUGGGUAAAUAUCGACCAGAUGGACAAGGAAAAAGUGAAGAUCCACGGCAUUCUGUCCAACACGCACAGACAAGCGGCGAGAGUUAAUCUGUCCUUCGAUUUCCCUUUUUAUGGACAUUUCCUGCGUGAAAUCACCGUGGCAACUGGCGGGUUUAUUUAUACGGGUGAUGUGGUCCAUCGGAUGCUGACAGCUACUCAGUACAUUGCUCCCUUAAUGGCCAACUUUGAUCCAAGUGUCUCCAGGAACUCUACUGUCAUCUACUUUGACAACGGUACUGCUCUGGUGGUGCAGUGGGACCACGUCCACCUACAGGACAACUACAACCUGGGAAGUUUCACCUUCCAGGCCACGCUGCACAACACCGGCAGGAUCGUCUUUGCAUACAAAGAGAUCCCCAUUGAGGUGUCACAGAUCAGCUCUGUCAAUCACCCGGUGAAGGUGGGCCUGUCUGAUGCCUUUGUGGUGGUUCACAAGAUCCAGCAGAUACCCAACGUGAGGCGGAGGACAAUCUACGAGUACCACCGUGUGGAGCUGACGAAGACGAAGAUCACCAAUUCAACAGCUGUGGAAAUGAUGCCUUUACCCACCUGUCUCCAGUUCACCAGCUGUAGCGCCUGCAUCUCCUCACAGAUCAACUUCAACUGUAGCUGGUGUCAUCGCCUCAACAGAUGUUCCAGUGGCUUUGACCGACAUCGGCAGGAUUGGGUGGACAACAGCUGCCCAGAUGAGACCAAGGACAAGAUGUGCGACAUCAUUGACACUACGUACCUUUACCCCUUCACCACCACUAUUGUCGCCAAAACAACAUCCAGGAGCAAAGAGGCCACUGCCGGCAGGGACACGCCCUCCUCCUCCCACCCUCCCACCAGCGUCCCCACUGAAGAUGAUACAAAGAUCGCUCUGCACCUCAGAGACAACCAGGCGGAUAAUGCCGUAGGCAGGAUGCCAGGUACACACCCUCUACACACUGGUCUGAUCCUCGGUAUCCUUCUGGUGAUGCUCAUCAUGGUUGCUGGUGUGCUGGUCACGGUCUACAUCUACCAUCAUCCCACCUCUGCUGCCAGCCUCUUUCUUAUUGAGAGACGCCCAAGCAGGUGGCCAGCCAUGAAGUUCCGCCGGGGGUCAGGUCACCCAGCCUAUGCGGAAGUAGAGCCGGUGGGCCAGGAGAAGGAGGGCUUCAUCGAGUCUGAGCAGUGCUGAGGGAGGAGGGGGUGUCCGCAUCCCUGCAGCCCCCUCCUCCUGUGCCAGCCCUCCUCCCUCCUGCUCCACAGGGACUUCUCACCAGGAACCUCCAGGAUUUGCUUAUCAUCGGAGGAGCACAAUGACUCGUUAAGACUGUUGUACCAGCCCAUUGAGUUCUAGAUGAGACUGGAUACCACAGUCAACAAUAUGAGGAAGUGAGAAAACCCUGAAAACUGAUCCCAGACAAACGUAUUGUUCAGCUCCUGUUGGAAAGGAACUGAUCUGUCAAGGACAGAGGAAGGGAACAGGAUUAACAUUAUCGACUCAGUCAGCAUUGGUUAAGAGUUUGUACGGCUGCUGUCAUGUUGACUUGGAGGGAUUGUACGGCCUGACUGCCUAAACUGAUACUGGUGUGUCUGAGGAGGGAGCAGGGUGAAUUAUACAAUAUAUAUUUUCAGAAACAAUACAGAGUAUGUGAACAGAGAUUUCCACUUUAUUGUUGGUGGGGUUAUACAGUAUAGGCCUUUGUAUAUCCAUCAGGUUUUUGCUUCUUUUCAUUUUUCUUCAGUAUGUCUAUUUCACAGGGGUUGGCACAUGUAUCUGUAUAGACCGUCGGUAUUGCUUUUCAAUACAAUAGCAGGCUUAAUUGACUUUUCCACUGCCCGCUCUGCAAAGAGGGGCUGCAGCUGUACGAUAUGACAUGAGCUGAACUCCUGUCACUGCGAUCGAUCACACCUCGGAGUAAGUCUCUGAAUAUUCAGCAUUGUGUUGAAUUAGUGUGUGAUGUUUGGCUAGUUUCAUUUUUCUGAAAAUGAAGUGUAAGAUGUUUUUUUGUUCACUGAGAAUACGUCAGUGAGGGUUUUUUUUUUUUUUUUUGAGUGGGUAAUGGGCACACGCUAUCCUUCUCUCUAUUCUGAUUGGUUGUUUGAUUGAUUCCUUACGUCAUCAAUACCAUUUAUUUGUUUUUUUAUUUUUACUUUUUUCAUUACUGCCGUGCCAUUUUGUCCCUGACUAGGGUUUGCACAUUUUUUUUUCCAUGCACAUUUUUUUUCUCAUUUGACAUGUGGUACUAAUGCAAAAUUGCAAGACAGGCGCUUGUGAGUGUGAAUAUAUUUUCUAAAGUGUAAGUGAUUCCUGUGUGUGUGUGUGUGUGUGUGCGUGAAUGUGUGUGUGAAUGCAAAAGAGAGCAGUUUACAUUAGUGACUGGAUAUCCACCUGCUUUAUGGGUGCAUAUGUUUGAGCUGGCUCUGCACAGUUGAUUCUUAUUGAUUUGAAUCUGAGGUGUCUGGAUACAGUUUGUGUGAGCCAGAAAACACACUGGUCUAGUUGGAGUUUUUCUUGAUUUUUACAGUGCGGUUUCCUUUUCCAGUAUGUUGCCAGCAUAAACCGGUUCUGUGUCCAUGGUUAACAACUAUGAUUGACUCAUCCGUAUCAACACAUAAAUGUAUAUACCAAGGCCAAAACAUUUGCAGAUUCAGGUAACUCAUGGCAAACAUUUGUAGUAUAGCAGUAAUAGUACUGAAAAACUUUAUUUUUUAUGAGUGGCCUUUUUUCUCUGUACUUUUUUACUUAAAUGUGAAUACUGUUCCAUUGCUAUCACAGAUCAAAACACAAGGCUCCUGAAUGAGUAAAUUCAAACACUAAUUUCUGCUGUUAAAUAUUAGUUCAAGACAAAAUCACGUUUUACACCAAUGAUUGUAGACUCAUUUUACAGACAGUAUCAGUAUCCUAUCUGGAAUUCUACUGAAAAAUUAAACGUGCAAUAUUACACCUGUUCAGUUUGACACUGAAAAUGCACCUGGAUAAUUUUUUUUUUCUUUUUUUAAAUUUUAUUAACACCUUGUCACCAUCACAUUGAGACCAAAGACUAAUCAACAUCAGACUGCGCUAUAUUUUCAAGUAUUUACCUCAGCCUCCCCACAGCCUCCACACCUCAUUACUCAGCAUACCACCAUGCAGAUCCUACCAGUUAGUGGUGUAUAUUGUGGUUUGAUGUUUUGCUGCCAUUUGCAGUGUCGUUUCUCUAAACCCCUCCCCCGAACAGCGAUUGUCCAAUCAUAGCUUUGGAGCGCGCAAUUAGUUAAGGACUGAAACACGAUGGUUAAUUGGCAAUGUUUGAGGAAGGUUGUCUGAAAACACUGGCCACACUAGAAGUAUUUUCAGAAAGCCCAAAGAUUUUAAUUAACUUUGAAAACUUGCUGCUGAACAAUGAAAAAACAAAAAACAAAAACGAAAAUAUUUUUAACCUGUUUCUCAAGCAGCUCCUAUUUUCCAGUUUAAACAAAGCAUGACGAUUACCUCAAUGGGUAACAGUCACAACUUUGAAACCGUUUGUAUCGUGCAGCGGACGUAAUAUUUUUUCAUCCAGCUGGUUAGAAGAGUCUUUUGAUUAUCUGGAAAUACCGUCAGAACUCCGGUAAGUGUUUUUGUUUGUUACCUUUUAGAGAACCGAACGUUAUACAGAGGGGCACAAACUGGGCCUAACGUUACCUGAGAUAAGCAUCUAAACAUGGUUAUGAUAGAACGGAAUAACAGUAAUUUUUCUUUAUCAUACCUGCAAUUCUCGGACUAACUGCCUUAGUCUUCUGGAACAAUAUGUAUCUAUAUCUAUUACGUACAUAUAUUUGAAACCCUUUUUGCAAAAUUUUUGCUUUCAAACGAGUCAGCUGGAAAAAUUAAAACGUCGGCCGAAGACAAGUUUUUUUUUUGUUUUGUUUUGAUUUUUUUUGGCUAGAAGCGAAAAGCUUGCUUUUGUCUAAAAUCAAGGAGCUAUUGUUUGCCACGCGUUGUAAUUUAAAAUUACGUGUGACGUACGUUCGAGAACGGAAAUUUGUCAGCUGGACGCGUGACGUACGUUCGAGAACGGAAAGCUUGGCAUACAUAGCAACGGUAACUAAGGAGGCGGGGCUUAGCGAACGGCGGACAUCUACAGUCUAAAUGCAAUGAGAGCAUUUAAUCCUCUAAACACAUUGUCAUUAACGCAUCAGCUACACACCCAAAGAUACACACGAGUCACCAUGUACAAAUACCAAAUCAAGGACUCACUGGCUGUUUUAAUUCCUCACACAUACCCUUCUUCAUAACUACACUGAUUUCUGUAGUGGUCACAUUGUUGUCGGCCAGAGAGAGCAAACCCCUGCUUUCCAAACCCCAUUUUAUGACUUCCUCAUAACUUCCUUCUGCGAUUGUGUUUUAAAAGCAUACAUGAGAGGAGAGGGGGUUAAGUUUUAUAGGUCUGUGGAUUCUUCAUGCCUUCAGAUUUUUUUUUUUUUUUUUUUAUAUUGUUAGAUUGAUCCCUGUGGAGAAAUGCUCUUUGCAAUUGCUUGGGACAUCUGCUUGUUGUACACUGCCACCUGAAACUGCAAGUGUUUUUAUAACCACUCUCAAAACGCAGUUAAAGAAAAGUGGCUGAUGGUCGGAUUUGUUUGCGUCAAGCAUGUCAUCAAAAGCAGAAACACUUUAAUCGUAUAACAGGAGGUUGUCUAGCAGCGAAACCUUCACUUGCUUCACUUGACUUGACUAACUGCUUCCACUCCCACUUUCUUAACAUGCUAGUUUAGAUGAUGAGAAGCAGCAUAACGGUGUUGUUGAGAUAGGUAACUGCUGUGUGCUGUUCUUUAUUCUCUGAUCUAUGAGUUGGAUUGGAUGACGAUUGCCAGAGCUGAAUGUGAAGAGCUCAGUGUAAAGAAAUAAGAAUCGGACUUUUCUUCCAGCUGUGACUUUGUUUUUAUGUUAUCAAGACGCUCCAUAGCACACAAUAAGACUCAAAAUCACACAGUAUCAUGGCUGUCUGUAAUUUCUGUAACUACUGUUGUUUUGAUUACAUUUGAAAUAAUAAACAAUGUUGCUAAAAACAGUCACACUUGUUGAGAACGGCUUGUGUGUUUGCCAGUACUAUACCUUUACACAGUAUUAUAGAUUUUAUUUUUCAUUUAAGGACACAUUAGGUGAUAUUUUGAGUAUCAUUGGAUUGUAGGAACAAAAUUAAUGAUAAAUUACCCCCUCCCUUUGCUCCAUUUAUCAGUAUUCAUGUAUGCAUUCAAAACACAGAUACAACAGAGGAACAAUGAGCAGCUGGAAAACUGAAAUGCUUAUGCAUUAUUCUGGCUUAAAUGUCUCCAUAAUUAAUUUAAAGUGCAUGCCAAAAAAAAUUUAAAUAGGAUCUUGGGACAGAUUAAUUUGGAGGAAAGCCAAUGUUUGACUGACAGUGAACCGGAAUUCUUCUAUCAGUGCUCAUUUUGCUAGUCAGUCAGCUUCAUGUCUGUUAAAAAAAAAAAUCUUCUUUACCUAUGUCUGUGCAGAGAGAGAGAGAGAGAGAGAGAGAGAGAGAGAGAGAGAGAGAGAGAGAGAGCAUGACAGUGAAAAAUGCUGGCUGGUUUACGUGAAAUCCUUGGAUCAGGUAGAUAGUGGGACUACUCGCCUGCAGAUUGAGCAGAUAGACCUCUACAGCGGUAUAGAGAGAAAGCUGAGCAAACAAGACAGCAAAGGGGGGGAUGGAGCAUAAGCUUAGAAAGCUGGGGGCAAAAAAGGCAAGAAAGAGGUAUGAGGAAAGGAGAGAACAUUAUAUACUGAGGUAGGCAGAGCUUUCAGACUUUGUUACAGAGUACGAGACAAGACUGGUUCUGUAGCAUGAAGGACAAAAAGAGGAUUAUGCACUGUAUAUGCCUAACUAAAGAACAGAUAUAUAACUAAAGAAUGGAACCUGGAAGUAAUGAAGUGCGCUAUAUAAACACAACCGCUGCACAUUUUGCCUAUAAAAAUAAUAAGUGGGUGUUAAUAGUUGGACUCCCGGCUAUUACAUUCCCCAAAACAAGUUAAUGAAUCUGUUGCGGGUAAGGUCAUACCAGUCCUGUGAAUCAUGCCUCUGCUGUAACCACAGCCAUGAUCUCCCGUUACCUGACGUCUUACUGCCAUCUAGUGGUCAUAUAUGUUUAGGUUUUAGUACUUUAUUUUACUACUAUUUCCAAAAUUAGAAGUAGAAAAA